AAUUGAUUUUUGUUAGGGUUUCAGCAAAUCACUGCGACAAGAUGCAGCCCCAAUCCGGCACCGAUCUUCCUCCCUUCAAUCCCGUUUCCACUGUCCUGAUUACUCUUAUUCUUUUCUUAAUCCUGCACAGUAUGGAUGUUCUUUGUCAGGUAUUGGAAUCACAUAUCUUUGCCUUUUGGGCCAAAACCAAUGUUGAUCCUGAGCCAAGACAGAUUAGGCUUAAGUCAAAUUCUGGAUACAGUGACAUCAGCAAGCAUCCAGUCGAAGGAGAUAGGUUCAGGCAGUACUCCAUCAGACGUAGUUAAGGGAACUGACCAAUUAGAAAAGAAGAAAGGAUUUAUUGAUUGGAGGAACUUGAUAAAGCCAAUGAAUGAGGAGAAGGAUCACUGGGUCCCAGAUGAAGCAGUAGUCAAAUGCAAAGCUUGUGCAGCAGAUUUCAAUGCUUUUAAACGGAAGCAUCAGUGCCGAAACUGUGGGGAUAUUUUCUGUGACAAGUGCACACAAGGGAGGAUUGCCCUCACUGCAAAUGAAAAUGCUCAACCAGUUCGAGUUUGUGAUCGAUGCAUGGCAGAGGUAGUUCAAAGACUCAGCAAUAAGGUAGCGGUAGCGCCUGGUCGAGCUACUGGAUGCAGAGCCAUGAAGAUCUUGCUUGAAAACUUCAGGAGCGAAACAUGAAGCCCCUAGCAGGAUGCGAGAAGUUGAAGUCCACUUGCAGGUUCAGGUUCCAGCAUCUGGUUCUGAAACCAUAGAAUGCAAUGUUUGCCAACACCCAUUCCUUGUCAGCGCUCAUUGAUGGAAGCAUUAAGCGCUGCUGCUAUAGCCUAUACUAGUCGUAGACGAGAUAAAAAAAAUUAAUCCUUGAAAUUCAUUUGUGUAAUGUGAAGUAUAUAGUAACAUGUAUACAGAAUAAUGGCUUGAAUCAUACACCAAUUUGCAAUCAGUUCGAAAUUAUUGCAAAUGCUUGUAUGGUUAUCAAUGGUGGUUAUGAAAUAUUGUUUCAUCUCAA